GCGGGGAAAUUCAAACGUGUUUACGGAGAGGGCACCUUCUUGUAGUCCAUCUUUUCUUCUCAAGUCGAUUUUGUGGGCUUGAGUUCGGUCUCGCCGGCUCACGGAGAAAGGGUGGCUGCUGCUGUUUGGGCUCAUCAGCCUCGCGGGGCGAAAUGGAGGCUGAGGAGUUAAGUGGCAGAGAACUGACAAUUGAUUCCAUCAUGAACAAAGUGAGAGAUAUUAAAAAUAAAUUUAAAAAUGAAGACCUUACUGAUGAGCUAAAUUUGAAUAAAGUCUCUGCUGAUAACACAGAUAACUCAGGAACUGUUAAUCAAAUUAUGAUGAUGGCAAACAACCCAGAGGAUUGGUUAAAUUUGCUGCUCAAGCUAGAGAAGAACAGCAUACCCUUAAGUGCUGCCCCUUUAAAUAAAUUGAUUGGUCGUUACAGUCAAGCAAUUGAAACACUUCCUCCAGAUAAAUAUGGCCAAAAUGAGAGUUUUGCUCGAAUUCAAGUGAGACUUGCUGAGUUAAAAGCCAUUCAAGAACCCGAUGAUGCACGUGAUUACUUUCAGAUGGCCAGAGCAAACUGCAAGAAAUUUGCUUUUGUGCAUAUAUCUUUUGCACAGUUUGAACUAUCACAAGGAAAUCUUAAGAAAAGUAAACAACUUCUUUCAAAAGCUGUAGAAUGUGGAGCAGUACCACUAGAAAUGCUAGAAAUUGCCAUGCGAAACUUAAACCUUCAAAAAAGAGAGUUGCUUUCAGAGGAGGAAAAGAAGAGCUUAUCAGCAUCUACAGUAAUAACUGCCCAAGAAUUACUCCCCAAUUCACUUGGCCAUGUGCCGAAUAGGAACCUCAUUUGUGAUUCCAAAGGACAGACUACGAAAGCCAGGUUUUUGUAUGGAGAGAACAUACCCCCUCAAGAUGCAGAGAUAGGUCAUCUAAAUCCCUUGAAACCAGCAAGCAAAGUUAAACGGUCAUGUCCAUUUGGAAGAGUCCCAAUUAACCUUCUGAGUAGCCCGGAUUGUGAAAGGACAGAUGGUUCAGUUGUACCCAGUUUCAUUAAAAGACAGACCUCUCGAUCCGAAUGCCGAGAUGCAAUGAUGCUGGGAUCUAAGACGAAUGGAAAUGAGUCCAAUGAAUUGAGAAAUCUAAAGUCUGUUCAAAAUAUUCAUCCCAAGGAGCCUCUGGUGUCAGAUGAGAAGAGUUCUGAAUGUGCUACUGAUUCAGUAACUCUGAAGGGUAAAACGGAAUCAAAUUUUCUAGCAAAACUAGAAGUUUCAGAAACUAAAGAACACCAAGAACCAAAAGUUCCAGACGGUAACCAGAAACAGUGGCAAUCUAAGAGAAAGUCAGGAUGUGUAAACCAGAAUCCUGGUGCAUCUUUGAGUCAGUGGCAGAUUCCAGAGACAGGCCGAAAAGUAGACAUAGAGCAAAAGCAAGCCCCUUUUGAGCAGCCUGCCUUCUCAGUUUCAAAGCACUCACCACCAAUAUCAACACCUAGAUGGAUUGACCCAAAAUCUAUUUGUCAAACACCCAGCAACAGUACUUUGGAUGAUUACAUGAACUGUUUUAGAACUCCUGUUAUAAAAAAUGACUUUCCACCUGCGUGUCAGUUGUCAACACCUUAUAGCCAUCGUGCCUAUUUCCAGCAGCAGCAGCAGCAGAUACCUGUAACUCCACUUCAAAAUUUACAGAUUUCAGCAUCCUCUUCAGCAAAUGAAUGCAUUUCAGUUAAAGGAAGAAUUUAUUCUAUAUUGAAGCAGAUAGGAAGUGGAGGUUCAAGUAAAGUAUUUCAGGUGUUAAAUGAAAAGAAACAGAUACAUGCUAUAAAAUAUGUGAACUUAGAAGAAGCAGAUAACCAAACUAUUGAUAGCUAUCGGAAUGAAAUUGCUUAUUUGAAUAAACUGCAACAGCACAGUGAUAAGAUCAUUCGACUUUAUGAUUAUGAAAUCACCGACCAGUAUAUCUACAUGGUAAUGGAGUGUGGAAAUAUUGAUCUUAAUAGUUGGCUUAAAAAGAAAAAAUCCAUUGAUCCAUGGGAACGCAAGAGUUACUGGAAAAAUAUGUUGGAAGCAGUUCAUACAAUUCAUCAACAUGGCAUUGUUCAUAGUGAUCUGAAACCUGCCAACUUUCUGAUAGUUGAUGGAAUGCUAAAACUAAUUGAUUUUGGAAUUGCAAACCAAAUGCAGCCAGAUACAACAAGUAUUGUUAAAGAUUCUCAGGUUGGUACAGUUAAUUAUAUGCCACCAGAAGCAAUCAGAGAUAUGUCUUCUUCAAGAGAGAAUGGAAAAUCAAAAUCAAAGAUAAGCCCGAAAAGUGAUGUUUGGUCCUUAGGAUGCAUUUUGUACUAUAUGACUUAUGGGAAAACACCAUUCCAACAUAUAAUUAAUCAAAUUUCUAAAUUACAUGCCAUAAUUGAUCCUAAUCAUGAAAUCGAAUUUUCGGAUAUUCCAGAAAAAGAUCUUCAAGAUGUGCUAAAGUGUUGUUUAAUAAGAGACCCUAAAGAGAGGAUUUCCAUUCCUGAGCUUCUGGCACAUCCGUAUGUUCAAAUUCAAGCUAAUGCAGGUAACAAGAUGACUAAGGGAACCACUGAAGAAAUGAAACUUGUUCUGGGCCAACUGGUUGGUCUGAAUUCUCCUAACUCUAUUUUGAAAACUGCUAGAAGCUUAUAUGAGCAAUACAGUAGUGGUGAAAGUCACGAUUCCUCUUCAUUAUCCAAGACUUUUGAAAAAAAAUGGGGGAAAAAAUGAUUUGGAGCUACUCAUAAUCUAUCAAAUAUCACCUGUUAAGUAUACUGGACUGUUAUACUCCUUAUCCCUGUGAAACACCACUCUUAAAGACAGCUUCACACUGAAAUGUCAUUGGCAGAAAAGUUCAGUGAUUAUUCUUAAAAAGAAGACUGUAAAAAUAAUAAUCACUAAUGACAGUGUCUAUGUAUUAUAUUGUAGAAUUAUUUUUCUCAACUUAUGCUGUUCUGUAAAUCUAACCUAUUAUUUAAUAUCAUUUCAUAGUUGUAAUAGUGGCUGGCCAACUGAAAUACAUUCUAAAGAGCUAUGUAAAUAAAGCUUUGUAACAUAAAA